GACUUCACCUCCACAAACCGCGCCUGCACUGGUCCGUGGCCACCGGCUGCUUCUGGUGCAGAUGGCGGUGCUCCUGAGGAAGCAGCUGUUCUGCACGUGCAGAACCUGGAAGAGCACGGCCUGUGACCUGCUGCUGCCCGUCCUCUUCGUGGCCUUGGCCAUGGGCUUGUUGUUCAUGGUGCAGCCUCUGACCACUGACUACCCUCCCCUCCAAAUGACACCAGGCCACUAUGAGAGGGCAGAGAUGUACUUUUUCAGCCUUGGUGGCUGGUCUUUCGGAGUGCGGGUCCUGGGCAGAGCUCAAGACGUGAAUGGGAGCGCCACAAAACCAAGACCUCCAGCAAAGGUGUGGUUUAACCAGAAGAGCUUUCACUCCCUGCCCUCCUACGUCAGUCAUCCGGACAACCUCUUUCUGUGGAGACACUUGCCCCUGGGGCAUGGACUGGAGACCUUAUGAUAUGCAACGCUCCUGUGGAUAUAUCUGCUGUCUGGAGUCUUCCCCAGUGCUGACAUGGCCUUCAUCUCCUACGUCUUCCUGAACUUCAUCUUUGGAAUCUGCACCCUGCUGAUGACCAUCAUGCCAUGGCUGCUGGCCAUCAUCUCCAAAGCCCAGAAAGUGCCUGGAUGGACAGCUCACUGACAACAAUCGGUUUUAACACCAAUCGUGAGAUUAUGAGCCAUGUACUUCACAUCUGACCUGUAAAAUGGAAACUCUAUUGGCAUCUACUCCACUACCUGCUGUAAAUAGGGUGUUACUAAUUGCUUACCUGCUGCAUGCUGAGAAGCCCACUGAGAGCCUGGGUGCUUUGGCACAAACACCUCUGCCACCUCCCUGACAUGAAUCAAUGCUAGGAGUAACCUAUCUUGACCCAAGGCAUAGUUCUUGCCUGACGGCCUCUCUUACUGGUAACUUCUGUUUUCUCAGCUACUGAGGAAGUGACUGCUGCCAUACCACUGACCAACAGCCAAUCCUAGGUCAGAGGGUCUGUGAGCCUGGUGGGCAGGACCCUGCGGGGCCACCCCCUUGAGACUCCCUGUAGAGGGAGGUUCUCGUGGAGGUGCAGAUUUUGUCUCAAUUCCUGAAGACUUUUGCAGAGUUGAGCGAUGACCUUUGUGGACAGAGCUGACUCUUCAGACUCAUCGGACCAUCGGAAUCAGCGCAGCCAUUGUGAGGCAGCCAGCACUGCAGACCUGGGUGCAGGCUCUGCUGACCAGAGCGCUGAGUCUUCAUCACUGAGUGAUGUUUCCAUUCACACACUUUCUUUAGGACCGGUACUGGGUGCUGUUUAUUCAGAGUCCAUUGUUGCUGGUGAUGGCAUUCCUCCACCACAGAAAAUUCUUUUUCCGCCAGAGAAGAUUUGUCUUAAGUGGCAGCAAAGUCACAGAGUUGGCGCUGGACUUCAGAAUCUGGGUAACACCUGUUUUGUCAAUGCGGCCCUGCAGUGUUUGACGUACACGCCACCUCUCGCCAAUUACAUGUUAUCACGUGAACACACCAAGACAUGCCAUGCAGGAGGAUUUUGUGUGAUGUGUAUAAUGCAGGCACAUAUUAUCCAGGCACUCAGUCAUCCUGGGGAUGCUAUUAAGCCCAUCGCUGUGAUCAGUGAACUGCAGGGUAUAGCUAGUCACUUCCGGUUUGGAAACCAAGAAGAUGCUCACGAAUUUCUUCAGUACACUCUUGAUGCUAUGCAGAAAGCGUGCUUACAGGGCAGCUAUGAAUUAGAUAGACACACUCAGGCCACCACCCUCAUUUAUCAGAUAUUUGGAGGCUAUCUAAGAUCAAGAGUGAAAUGUUUAAAUUGCAGAGGUGUUUCAGACACUUUUGAUCUGUAUCUUGAUGUUACAUUGGAGAUACAGGAUGUUCGCAGUGUUAACGAGGCAUUGGCUCAGUUUGUGAAGCCAGAACAGCUAGAAGGAGAGAACUGCUACAAGUGUAGCAAGUGUAACAGUAUGGUUCCAGCUUCAAAGAGCCUUUCUAUACACAGACCAUCUAAUGUUCUCACACUGACUCUGAAAGGCUUCUCUAAUUGUACCGGUAGUAAAAUUGCCAAGAUUGUGAAAUACCCAGAACAUCUCAACAUUAGAGCUUACAUGUCUCAGCCCAGUGGAGAAGCCAUGCAAUACUCAUUGUAUGCAGUGCUGGUCCACACCGGAUCUAAGUGCUGUGUGGGCCACUACUUCUCUUACGUAAAAGCAAGCAAUGGUCUGUGGUACCAGAUGAAUGACUUCAUGGUAUCACCCAGUGAUAUUUCAUCUGUGCUGAGUCAGCAAGCCUAUAUACUCUUUUAUAUCAGGACCUAUGAUGUGAAGCAAGGAGGAGAGGUUACUGCUCAUUUCCCCUGCCACCCCUGUCAGUUCUCUUCACACCCGGACACCCAUCAGUGUACCUCGACCAAAGAGCAGGCUGCACCAGGGUUUAAUGGACCACAGCUGCCAUCUCACAUGACACGGAAUCUGCCUUACUGGAACAGGAUCCGGGCACCAAUAGACACAUCAGGUAGUUCCACGUGGAGUCCUGGUGGAAAUCCCAAGGUGAACAGGCCUAGGCCUGUUCAAGCUUCUACUUCUGUUCCAAACCGUGUUCCUGGAAUGGAGCAAAGUCUGUUUGGGGACCUGACUGCAGAGCUUGAGGCUGUCAGUGUUUCUGCUGGUUCCCAUGAUGAAGUGGACCCGAUUGCAAGUCUGUGUGAAAUGUUUAAGAAACUUUUGCUGACCCCGGAAAUUAGCCUCAAAUCCAUGAGAGAUGUGAUGUCAGAAACCAGCUCAGCCAUAACUGAUGUGUCUUUGCCCUUUGUAAAGAAACUUUGCAACAAGAACCAGACAAGCACGGGUGCAGACCCAGUUUAUGAGCCCUGUGAUGCUGGGAAGGUAACACAGGACUGCAGCAAGGUUAAAGGGUUGUUACCUGAGAGCCUGCGGCACUCUGGACUAGUCGGGACAGUGGAGCAGCUGAGCCUGGCUCCCUUCACACAGUCAGAAGGCAGACGUGAGCCCGGGCCCUUGGUUUCCCUCAGGGGAGAGCAGUGUGGUGACACAGGGGCUCAGACCCAGAAUACAGGAGAAUGUGCCAAUGCACUGCCUUCUACUCAGCCACAGAGUACCCCAGGCACCCAUCCUGAAGGGGACCCUGUGCACAGCCAUGUCAAGGGGUGCAGUCAAGUUCAGGUUGUGCAGAAGAUUCCUGACCACCGUCCACAAAAAAUAAGCAGCCGUACGCGAUGUGACCAUGAAGGCUACCAUAAUCAUCACGACUGUUCCUCGACUUGGGAAGAUGUAAAGAAAAGCAGAGGUAGAAGCCGGAGCCGGAGCCGGAGCCGGAGCAGGAGCCGGACUGAGGGUAGUUGUGACAGAAAGUGGCUCUGCUAUGCGAGAAAGCACAGCAAGCCAGAGUGCCAUGCUGUGCAGCACCGCAGUGCCAACCAGCACCCUCUGUGCUGUGGAGACAGAGUCACUCCUGGGGAGCCCUGUGUUCUGAGCAGAUACAGCUCCCACCACUCCCAAACCUGGGGUGGGGCUGAGCAGGACUGGAGCCCAUACCGCCCCUCCGGCAGGGAGCAUCGCAGGCUUCCAGAGAAGUCUGACCCCAAGAAAAUGUGGUGGGACCAGUGCAGAAACCUCAACAGGUACACUCCAUAUGAAGGCAGGCAGCGCAGUGUGAAACGGUCACACAAGGAUUCCUCCCAGGCCAGGAAGGGUCAGGAGCUGCCUGCCCUGCUGUGGGAGUGGACCGGCUUCCACAGCCCACACACUGGUGCUUCACCGCCUUUCCCUCUGCACCCCGAGUGCUACCCUCAGGAGAAAGCUGCCUUCGGGGCUGACCACAGUGGCCGCAGCCUGUCUCAUGGGAUUUGUGGACGUGAAACCAUGAGGUCAGGCAAGCGCAGGUACCAGAGUGCAGAAAGUAUCUGUAACGGGGGUAGCACACCAAAGAAAGCCUGCAGGAGCCUACCGAGAGACCCGGAGGAGCCUAACAAAUCUAAAGCCAAACACCAUGAGCAGGAGCACAGGUGUCUGCUGGACACAGACCUCCCAGUAGUGCAGUCAGACAGUCAGCCCUGCAGAUACCAAAAGAAGAGUCACUCGGAGAACUUUGGAACAGAACCAGGACUUCACUCACCCAAGACCACAACCUGUGAGACUGUGGAUGAUGUCUGGAGACCUCGGGGUAGCUCCCUGCUUGCUGAUGGCCUGCCUGUGGAGGGCUUUGGACUUUUUCAAAUGGAAAAGAAACCCUUAAAGCUGGACAGCAGGACUGACUGGUGCCAGUAUGGCCAGGGUGAUUGACAACUUGGUCUCGGAACAAAUAAUAAUCACUAGCUCAGAUUCAACAUGUUCCACAGCAGUCAUCCCAACUCGGUUACAGUAUUAACAUAAAUUUGUUCAAAUCUGGGUGAUGCCUCCUUAGUAAAUGCUGUACAUAUUUUGCCAUGAUUCUUUGGGUUUUUAUCUUUUCUUAAUUGCCCCUAUUCCAAAAGGAUGAACACUUUCUGCACCUGUGGACAUUGUAAAGUGCUGUGUAUAUAAAUCACAAUGAAAAUAACACCCAGCCACAGCACAUCUCACGUGCUGCUGAACUGCACCAUUACACACUCAGGCUGAGGACUCAUAUUUAUGUAGUGUUCCUCCAAGUUAGACACGUGAUUGUGCAAGACCAACUGGGAAACCAUGAAAUUAUUAAAAGGACAAACCGACAGCACAGGGAUUUCAUUUAAAGACUUACUUAAAAAUUUACAAGCUUUCAACUCGACCUUUGAUGGCAGGCUGUUAUCUGUGGUGUCUGACACUAAGAAAAUUAAUUUGCUUCCUAGUUUAAUUGUAUUCAGGUGUGAAAAGGUGUUUCACAGGCAAGAUUUGCUUUUGAACUUUGCAGAACUAUUCCAAACAACUUACCAGCUAUGCUGAGUAUUCAUACUAUUAAUUUAAAGUCCAAAUACUUGUGAAGAUUACAGUAUGUUCUUUAUGAUAUAACCCUUUCUUAUACUGGGUCUUGUCACCUGUAGGAUCCUGGAGUCAGUUGUCAGCCUGGUCCUAAUAAGAGUUCUAGUUAUGGACAAAAUCAUGCUGUGAUGUUAUUUUUCAUAUGGCUAUGCUAUAAUAUUGGAGCAGGGAGCAUGGUAUUUAGUAGUGUCUGUGUAAGUAAUUGCAUGGUUUAGACAGUUUGUGCGGUUCAGCGAUUCCUAGUUUGGUCUUUGUUCUCUUAAAGAUGGAAAAGCACUUGCUCCGCUGUCAAUAUGCAGCAGGUGGAAUUGACAUAGUCCAUAAACGGCAGCAAAGCAGUCAGUUUGUGGCAUUUGUCAGCUUUUGUCCCCACUCACUUGCACCUGCAUCUUCUGUCUUCUCAUUCACUUUACUGAAAAGCUGCACAGUUCUGCCAGAAUCUCCAGGGGGGCCUCAGACCUCAGCGAUGGAUCCGGGGCCACCAGGCCGUGCUGUGCUGGGCCCAGCACGUCUCUAUUUUAAGGAAGCAAGCCUUAGACAGCCUUACUUUAAAAACACAUGUGGUUUUGAUUUAGUGAAGGCAAUAUUGCAAGCUUUAACAGCCAUACACAUUUCACUUGCUUUGCUCACUUUACAGAAAAUUAUUGGUAGAUAUUUUAUUAUCAAGAAAAUACUCAUGUAAGUGGUAGGAGGUAUGUAUAGUGAAUAGCGAAACACUCAAAUCAAUCUAUCUUAUUACAUAUUGCUUAUAUUUCGGUUAAUAGAGACAUUUUCUGGGGAAAAAUAAAAAUAAGAAAACUGGACUCUGAUCUAUAAUAGCAGCAGAGCAUCUGUGUAGAUGGGUGCAUUUUUAAUCUUAAAAACAAGCACUGCUUUAUAUGAGGCAUUAGAUGCUGCUUUAUUUACAAAAGUUUUAAUUUGAGUUCAUUUAGUGUCCCAUUAAACCACCUGAACUGUUUCAGGAACCUGGAGAUAUGGGGCCUCGUGUGCCCAUAGGGUCGGGCCAAAUAAACCUCAAAUGGUACCCGGGACCCAGGAAGACAGCUCGUCUGGUGGUGCUCUUUGUGGAGCUGCCAUCUCUGGGCCCAGGUUCCUGCUCAGAACUGCCUGCCACCCUUUGUCUCUGGAGGAAGCUUGGUUUCUGGCCAGACAUGGGACCAAUAAUGCAAGACAAAGUUUAGACCCUCAAGUGGGGAGGCAAUGAGCACAACUGAGCCUCACUGUCUGCUCACUGAAGGGAGGCUCUUCCCACUUCUAGGUUGCCUGGUAUAGGUCAGGUACACAGCAGGAUGUCAGAUGCCUUCAGUGUUAAUACUGUCACAGAAAUCCUGGAGCUAAGCGAUGUCAAGCAAGGCUCUUGAUAGGGCAAGUUACUGAAGAUGCUGAGCCCCAGGGUCUUCUGCCUGAUCCUGGGUGAGCAGCCAUCUGGCAUAGAUGCACAGAGGUGAUCGUGGUGAUAAAAGAUUCACCAACAAGACUCCAUGCUCACUUCUCUCAACACCUUCAACAGAAAGGCCCACAUGCCCCGGGAGGGUGCCCUGGGAUAGAUUUCUAGUACUGCAAGAGAAAACAUAAAAAUACCUCCAAAUCAGCACUGCCCAUCUGCAGAGAACUUGGGGAGGUUUAAAAGCAGUUGCCAGAUAAGAGGAGCUACAGGGCCACCAUGAGGAGGCUCAGAAGCUCAGUCCCACAGCCUCACUCUUCUGUCCUCAUGGGGUCAAGGGUGAGCCUCUGGCUAAUGCAAGAAGACAGAGGACAGAGGGGUCCUCAGAACCAGCAGAGAGACUCGAUUUCUUUACACUCAGUAAUUCAGGGAAGAGAUUUACCAACUGCUUGUCUUUUCUGUGACUGCAGCCAACACGUCAGCAAGCCCCACUUCUUCUGCAAGGAUCCCAGUACUUUUGUCCCCACUGGCACAGUCUCCUGGAUCCCACCAGUGAUUUCUGGAUUUGAUGACAUCCCACAGCGCUUACAGUGCAUGUGAGGCCACAUCAGCAUCACAGAACUGCACUUGGAGGAAGGCCAGCGGCAGUAAGAUACAUCUGGGGCCUGCCUCACCUCAGGCCCAAGCCAGUGGCUGCUCCUGCCUCAGGGACCAGGUCCCAGUGAGCAGAUGCUGCUGCCAUUGGCCCCUCCCUGUGAGGUGUCCCACUGACCACCCUCCCUAAAGUUGCAACCCCCACCCUCUGUGCUUUCCUGGGCUGCAUGGCAUCCUCCACCUCCUGUUUUCUGUCUACCUGGAGGGUGGAGGGCACGGACCAUGACUUUGCUCUCCUCUGCAGGCACCAUGGCCAGUCCUUCACUCAGUGAUGUUCCAAGCUGUGGUGACCUGAGACCUGCUUUCAAGCACCAAAUGUGAAAAUAUGAAUCAGUUCCCCAUGAUGCCUGCACAUUCAGGCCCUCAGCCACAUUCUUUGAGUCUCUAUGGUGAGAACAGAUCUGCUCCACUCUUUUGCAUUUGAUACUUGGGGUGCGGAACAGAGAAGUGGCCGCUGGGGAGGCUGAGUUUCCUUUGAAGGAGACUGGGGCUGCAGCCAUGAGAAACUGGGACCCACUGUUCAAGUUCACAUCCGAGACGCGGAGGUGAAAUGCAGUCAGAAGCUUGAGAGGACGAGGGCAGCUAUGACUGUGAGACUGCACCUCAGAGGGGAGAGAGGCCAGAACAGAAGGGGAGCACAGAGGAGCAGCCUGCUCUGAGCAUGGUGACAAGUGUCCUCAGAACUGAGACGUUCAUGUGAAGGGGAGGCAAAGCUUGGAGUGAUGUGCCCAUGAUCCAAGGACACAGCGGAUGCAGGGACAGGCCUGCAAGGCAUUGUCCCUUGGUGCAGAAAGGCUUCUGGCCUGCUGAACUGCAGGAGAAUAAAGUUUUGUAUUUUAAGGCA